CCUGCCCACUCAUUCUCUAUCUCUCUCUUUCUUCCUACAUCACUCCUCUCUCUCUGAAGGAUAUUACUACAUCAGUCUGUCAAACAAACAACUUAAAGGAUCCCUGACUCAAACAGAUAGUGUGUGUCGACAUGCUGGCUACCCUGGAGACGGUGAGAAUGGGUUAUAUCCCAGGCUGGUCCGGUCCUGCCCAGACCCCAGUAGAGGUGGACCUGGAGGUCAUAGAGGAAUACCUAAAGGAACACUCCCUGGACGUCCAACACACUCACACUCCUCCUACGCCCCCUGCCACGCCCGCUCAGCUAACACACACACACUCAAACCAACACCACGAGACCAGCAUCAUAGAGAACAGCUGGUCUGGUCAGUAUGCGUAUGAGUGGCAUUAUGACUCUAAUACUCCUAAUAAGGAAUAUGAAGAACAGGCUCCGCCCACAGAAUGGCCUAGUCCUCAUGGCAACCACUGGGAGCACAGCACCUAUUCCUACGAGACGACUCCCUGCAGUGAGUCUGACUCCACCAGCUCGAUCUGUCUGGACUACCCUCCGUCCUCCCCUACCUGCCCCCUCCCCUGCCCCCCUGCUGACAGGAGAAACAGGAAGACUAGCGACAUACUGCCCCUCACGUCCCUCUCAGGAAAGAGGAAGGAGCGUCUGUUCCACUUCCUGUUUGAGAUGCUUCAGACUCCCUCCAUGCGGAGCUGCAUCUGGUGGGUCCAGUCGUCCUCCGGCAUGUUCCAGUUCUCCUCCCAGAACAAAGAGCGUCUGGCCCAGCUUUGGGGCCGCAGGAAGGGCAACCGCAAGACCAUGACGUACCAGAAGAUGGCGCGAGCUCUCAGGAACUACAGCCGAACAGGAGAGAUCUGUAAAGUGAAGAGGAAGCUGACAUACCAGUUCAGUGAGGGAACACUGAGGGGGCUGCAGGGAGCAUGUUAGGGAGGGCGAGUAGGAGGAACACAUGCUAGCACAGUUACCUGGCAGGAAACAAAGAUAAAUACUGAGUAUUUGUAGGAGGAAGUGGAAGAGAAGG